AUGUUUUCGAGAAUAGUACGACCGAAGGGAUCACUUGCCUCUUUCCGACCUCGGGUGCAAGUCCAACCCGGCAUCAGGCGUCGAUUCUUGGCCAAUGUUGCCAAUAUAGAAGACAUCCCUAGUGAGGACGACAGAGCGUUUAGUGUUCCGAUUUCAGAAGACAGUUAUGAAACCUAUAACUUCGAUCCGCCGCCGUAUUCUAUAGAAACAACAAAGAAUCAGCUCAAGCAAUUAUACCAUGAUAUGGCCAUGAUCAGGCGGAUGGAGCUGGCAGCCGACAGCCUGUACAAGGAUCGAAAAAUACGAGGAUUUUGCCACUUAUCAACUGGUCAGGAAGCCGUUGCUGUGGGCAUAGAACAUGGUAUGACGCGCGAAGAUAAGCUUAUAACCGCUUACCGGUCUCACGGGAUGACACUGAUGCGAGGUGGAACUGUGAAAUCAAUUAUUGCGGAACUCCUCGGUCGCCGGGCUGGCAUAUCAUUCGGAAAAGGGGGUUCAAUGCACAUGUUCUGCGAGAGCUUCUUCGGAGGGAAUGGAAUCGUAGGGGCCAGUGUUCCCCUUGGGGCCGGGAUAGCAUUUGCUCAGCAAUACAAUGACAAGCCGAACGUGACGAUAAAUUUGUUCGGAGACGGAGCUGCGAACCAAGGACAGGUACAUGAGGCGUUCAAUAUGGCGAAAUUGUGGGAUCUACCGGUCAUUUUUGGCUGUGAAAAUAACAAGUAUGGGAUGGGAACAUCUGCUGAACGAUCUUCAGCAUCGACAGAGUAUUAUAAGCGUGGACAGUAUAUCCCGGGUCUGCGAGUCGAUGGCAUGGAUGUUCUUGCGGUGCUUUCAGCCAUCAAGCACGGAAAGGAAUAUGUUCAAGCCGGCAAUGGACCAUUGCUGUACGAAUAUGCCACUUACCGGUUCGCUGGGCACUCUAUGUCGGAUCCUGGGACCGCAUAUCGAUCUCGCGAGGAGUUGAAGGCAGAGCGUGAAAACGAUCCAAUUUCCAGUUUCCGUGCAAAGUUGAUCAACUGGGAUGUGUUCUCGGAGGACCAGGCCAGAGAAAUUGAUCGAUCCGUUCGGAAGAAGGUCAAUGACGAAGUGGCAGAGGCAGAGGCGUCGCCUGAGCCCGAGCUCAACGCAGACAUUCUUUUUGAGGAUACCUAUGCUCGUGGCAGUGAACCAAGACAGCGACGAGGAAGGACGAUUGACGAAACAUAUUACUCAGGUUAA